AUGGCCGAAGAUAAUAAAACUGUUCAAGAAUUCACAAAAAUAUUGGGAACAAUAAUUGAAAAAGAAUCGCAUGCUCUAAAAUCUGAUAGUUGCAGGAUAAAUAUUUCGAUGAGUCAGAGUCCGAAACACGAAUAUGUAUCAUCUGGUUAUACAUGCGUAGACUCAAGAAAGAAGAAUAUUGAUCAAAAGACAACAAAACUUUCAGGUCCUCGAAAUUUUGGAUUAGAUAUUGAAAAAUUACAUCAAUGUCAUCUAGAAAUUUCCAAUGAAUCUAUAACUUCUAGAAAAAGGCCUCUUUCUCUUAUUCAAUCUAAAUCUGAACAAAGUAAACGUUUUACUACUUUUGGAAAAGAUUCAGAACAAACUCUUACAUCUUUAAUGUUAAAACACAAUAUAGUUACAAAAACUGGUCAACUAGCUCUUUCUGUUCGUAAUAUUGAAUUGGAAUUUAAUGGUGAAAUUGUCAAUUUAAUGUAUAACAAAAAUGUUGAAUUUGCGCACCGUAAAGAAGAAUUAAUUAUUG